GGGACUGUUUGCUCCUACGGGCUGUAGAUGGAGCUGUCCGGCCCCGGCGAGGGGGAAGGCGCCUGGAAAACGUUCUUCUCCCUGGCCGGCCCGAGCGGGGAACAGCACUCCCAGGAUGCAGUUUGUGUCAACACGGCCGCAGCCUCAGCAGCUGGGCAUCCAGGGCCUGGGGCUGGACAGCGGGAGCUGGAGCUGGGCCCAGGCUCUGCCCCCGGAGGAGGUCUGCCACCAGGAGCCGGCGCUGCGCGGGGAAAUGGCCGAGGGAAUGCCGCCCAUGCAGGCUCAAGAAUGGGACAUGGAUGCCCGGCGACCGAUGCCUUUCCAGUUCCCGCCCUUCCCAGACAGGGCACCUGUCUUCCCUGACCGCAUGAUGAGAGAGCCCCAGCUGCCCACGGCAGAGAUCUCACUCUGGACCGUGGUGGCCGCCAUCCAGGCCGUGGAAAGGAAGGUGGAGGCCCAGGCCAGCCAGCUGCUAAAUCUGGAGGGGCGGACGGGGACGGCCGAGAAGAAGCUGGCGGACUGCGAGAAGACGGCCGUGGAGUUCAGCAACCACAUGGAGAGCAAGUGGGCCGUGCUGGGGACCCUGCUGCAGGAGUACGGGCUGCUGCAGAGGCGGCUGGAGAACAUGGAGAACCUGCUGAGAAACCGAAAUUUCUGGGUCCUGAGACUGCCCCCCGGCAGCAAGGGGGAGGUCCCCAAGGUUCCCGUGACAUUUGUCGACAUCGCUGUUUACUUCUCUGAGGAUGAGUGGAAGAACUUGGACGAAUGGCAGAAGGAGCUUUACAACAACCUUGUUAAGGAGAACUAUAAAACCCUGAUGUCCCUGGACAUGGAGGGUGCAGUGCCCAAGCCAGAUGCUCCAUCCCAGGUGGAGCCCAGGGAAGAGCCUUGCGUGUGGGAGCAGCGUGACCCAGAAGAGAGAGAAAUCUUAAUGGAUCCAGACACAGGAGCAGAGCCCCUGGUGUCUGCACAGGAUUCAUCAUCGCAGGUGAAACGGGAGGAAGCCCUAUGUGUCCGGGGUCAGCGGGGCCUGGAGGAAAGAGCCAUCCCCACGGAGUCCAUUACUGACUCCCCGGCCUCUGCCCAGGACCUCUUGUCCCGGAUUAAACAGGAGGAGCACCCGUGCGUAUGGGAUCAGCAGGAUCUGGCAGAGAGAGAUAUUCCAACGGACCCCAAUUCAGAGUCUCUGAUCUCGGCGCACGACAUUCUGUCAUGGAUCAAGCAGGAGGAACAGCCGUACCCAUGGGGCCCUCGCGACUCAAUGGAAGGAGAGCUCGGACUAGAUUCUGGCCCCAGUGACAGCCUGCUGCUGGUGAAGAACCCGCCCCCCGGCCCGCAGCCGCCGCCGCCGCCGCCGGCCCCGCCCAGCCUGCCGGUGCUCCCGGCGGCCGAGAACGCGAACGCGGGCGGCGGCGGCGGCUGCGGCAGCUGCUGCCCGGGCGGCCUGCGGCGGAGCCUGCUCCUGCACGGCGCGCGCAGCAAGCCCUACUCGUGCCCCGAGUGCGGCAAGAGUUUCGGCGUGCGCAAGAGCCUCAUCAUCCACCACCGCAGCCACACCAAGGAGCGGCCGUACGAGUGCGCCGAGUGCGAGAAGAGCUUCAACUGCCACUCGGGCCUCAUCCGCCACCAGAUGACGCACCGCGGCGAGCGGCCCUACAAGUGCUCCGAGUGCGAGAAGACCUACAGCCGCAAGGAGCACCUGCAGAACCAUCAGCGGCUGCACACGGGCGAGCGGCCCUUCCAGUGCGCGCUCUGCGGCAAGAGCUUCAUCCGCAAGCAGAACCUGCUCAAGCACCAGCGCAUCCACACGGGCGAGCGGCCCUACACGUGCGGCGAGUGCGGCAAGAGCUUCCGCUACAAGGAGUCGCUCAAGGACCACCUGCGCGUGCACAGCGGCGGCCCCGGGCUCGGCGCCCCUCGGCAGCUCCAGGCGCCGCCGGAGCACGACUAGGGCUGGGCUGGGGGGGGGGCAGGGCCCGGAGGCGGG